AUGAGGUCAAGGCAGCUGGUGUGUGGGAUCUGGAGUCUGUGCUUCACAUUCUGCCUUUUCUGCGUCUUCCUUCACCAAACCACAGCAAAAAGAAAACUGAAGUUUGUGUCCGUAGUGUUUCGCCACGGUGAUCUUACCCCACAGGAGUUUUUUCCAACUGACAAACACAAAGAAGUUGCAAGGCAGUAUGGAUAUGGACAGCUUACCAAGCUUGGCAUACAGCAACAGUAUGAGCUUGGACAGUACAUGCGGAGAAGAUACUCUCAUUUCCUGAGUGUUGUUUACAAGCAGAGUGAGAUUUAUGUGCAGAGUACUGACUGUGAUCAAACGCUUAUGAGUGCUCAGGCAAGUCUUGCUGGGCUAUAUCCACUGACACAAGGCCAGAUUUGGAACCCCAGAAUCCUUUGGCAGCCAAUUCCAGUUCACACAGUGCCACUGUCACAUGAUAAUGCACACAGCCCUGGUGUAGAGUCAGGAGCUUCUUCUGACACUGUCACAGACGGUAGAACUCCAUCAAACAGCCAAAUACACCUGGCCAGUAUCAAUACUGCUAUCACCCUCAGCAAGCAGUUGCUCUACUUACCUUUCUCACACUGCCCAAAAUACAACGAACUUCUAAGAGAAACCUUUGCAACAAGGGAUUUCCAAAGGCAGUUCAAGCAGUACAGGCCAUUUCUCAAAUUUUUAGCCUCUCACACUGGAUACCCACUGAAGAAGUUGAACACUGAAAGAAUUUGGAAGCUCUCUGACAUUUUACAAUAUGAGGAUAUUAACAAUUACACUUUACCUGUUUGGGCUACUCAUGGCGUCAGGACCAAGCUGAUAAAGCUCUCAGAAUUGUUAUUACAGGCAGAAUUCGGGUUCCACAAACAAAUACAAAAGUCACGUUUGCAGGGAGGUAUUCUUUUAAAAACUAUUCUAAAGCAUAUCUCAGAUGCUAGAAGGCCUUCACAUCAACAAAAAAUGGUUAUGUAUUCUGCGCAUGCAGCCACCAUUGUUGCCUUACAGAUGGCACUCAAUGUUUUCAAUGGGAAAUUGCCUCCUUACAGCGCCUGCCAUUUUUUUGAACUUUACCAAGAAAAAAAUGGGCAAUACACCAUAGAAAUGUAUUAUCGGAAUAAUUCUUUGAGAGAUCCCCACCCCCUCACUCUCCCUGGCUGCAAAUUUCACUGUCCACUAGAAAGAUUUACUCAUUUGGUUUCCCCAGUCCUCACACAACAUUGGACAAGAGAAUGUAGGAUAUAG